CUGCGAAGGUAGUCCGAGAGAGCGAGAGACGAGAGCUGAAGCCUUGAAAGAGAGACGGAGAGAAGGGAUACUCCGGAGAAUGAGACAGACAAGAACGUCUCCAUCCCACACUUACUCUUUGGUCGUUAACGCCACCGACUGGCCAAGACGAAGGGGAUGAACGGGGGCUGUGAACCACCGCCUCCUCUCGGGGAGAGAGCGAGGAGGACGCGGGCCCCGCGAGAAAUGGAAGGGACUCAGCAGGACGAGACGGACACCAACAGCCACGGGUCCAGCGGCAACGAGUCCAACGGCAACGAGUCCCGGCAAAGCCGGAGCUCUCACAGCAGCACCAGUGGAAACGGGAAGGACUCGGCCAUGCUGGAAGCCACUGAAAGCAGCAAAAGCACAAACUCUAAUAGUCCAUCCCCACCGAGUAGCUCGAUAGCUUACAGUCUGCUGAGUGCAAGCUCCGAACAGGACAAUCCCUCCACCAGUGGCUGCAGCAGCGAACAGUCAGCCCGGGAGAAGAAUCAGAAGGAGCUCAUGAAGGCGCUGAAGGAGCUGAAGAUACGGCUCCCGGCAGAGAAGCGCGGAAAGGGAAAAUCCGGAACGCUUGCCACCUUACAGUAUGCACUGUCUUGUGUGAAGCAAGUACGUGCCAACCAGGAGUAUUACCAGCAAUGGACCAUCGACGAGUCCCAACCGUGCAGUCUGGACAUGUCCACCUUCACUAUCGAGGAAGUGGAGAGCAUCACAUCUGAGUACACCCUAAAAAAUCCGGAUACUUUCUCGGUUGCGGUCUCGUUUAUUACCGGCCGUAUCGUGUACAUCUCGGAUCAGGCCUCCCUCAUCCUCCACUGCAAGAGGGACGUGUUCAAAGGUGCCACCUUUGCUGAGUUCCUGGCCCCGCAGGAUGUCAGCGUGUUUUACGGAUCAACGGCCCCUUAUCACCUGCCUUCAUGGAGCAGCUGCACAUCUGGAGAUACAGCCUCUAUGGAUUAUACUCAAGAGAAAUCUGUAUUCUGCCGGAUCAGUGGGGGCCGAGAGAGGGAUAUGAACAUCCGCUAUCACCCUUUCCGCCUUACCCCGUACCUGAUGAAGGUGCGCGAUUCGGACAACUCAGAGGGUCAGCCGUGCUGCCUGCUCAUCGCGGAGAAGAUCCAUUCGGGAUACGAGGCUCCUCGGAUCCCACCUGAUAAACGGAUCUUUACUACUCGACAUACACCGAGUUGCCUGUUUCAAGAGGUGGAUGAGAGGGCGGUCCCCCUGUUGGGAUACCUUCCUCAGGAUCUCAUCGGUAUGCCUGUUCUUUUCUUCAUUCACCCCGAGGACCGUCCUCUUAUGCUUGCCGUGCACAAGAAAGUCCUCCAGCAAGCGGGGCAGCCCUUCGAUCACUCGCCCAUGCGCCUGUGCGCUCGUUCUGGGGAGUACGUCACCAUUGAUACCAGCUGGAGCAGCUUUGUCAACCCAUGGAGCCGAAAAGUGUCCUUUAUUUUGGGAAGACACAAAGUCCGCACGAGUCCUCUCAAUGAAGAUGUUUUUACAGCCCCCAAGGGGGCAGAACUUAAAUCUCUUGACCCCGAUAUUCAGGAACUGUCAGAGCAGAUCCACCGGAUACUCAUGCAGCCUGUGCACAGCGUGACCUCUGGCGGGAACGGCACCGGAGGCAGCAACACGUCUCAAGAACCGAUCCACUGCAACGCGUCAUCUAGCGAUAGCAACGCCAUGGUGACCGAGGAGGGAGCAGAUCCGAAACCGAUGACGUUCCAGGAGUUUUGUCAGAAUGUGAAUAUGGUGAAGAAUCAAGGACAGCAGCUUUUCCUUGGAUCCAGGGCUAUCCGCCCUCAUCAGAGGGGACACUUCCAAGCUCUUGCCCCACCUCGUUCUGUUCCCCCACCAUCUGCGGCAAACGUUCCCGCGGAACCGGUACCCGGCAGAGUUCCUUGCGUCCCUGAAGACCUGGCCCGGAAAGAAACGACAAAUUAUUCAUAUCAGCAGAUCAACUGCUUGGACAGCAUUAUCCGGUAUCUGGAAAGCUGUAACCUCCCUGGCACGGUGAAACGAAAGUGUGGCUCCUCGUCGUACACCUCGUCCACGUCAGAAGAGGAAAAGCAAAGAACAGGGGAAAGCGACAAAGAAGACCCCUCUUCUGGUCCGACUCAGCAGCAGGACUUGCCUCCCCCACCCACGCCCAGUGCGGUGGGUUCCCCUCCGCUUGCACCGCUCCCUCCUCUACCCCCAAGCAAGGCAGAGAGUGUUGUUUCCAUCACCAGUCAGGGCAGCUUCAGCAGCACCAUAGUCCACGUUGGAGAUAAGAAGCCACCAGAUUCUGCAGAUAUGGUUAUGAUGGAAGAGUCCCCAUGCCCAGCAGCCCCUGCUCCACCACCUCGCCCCUUGGGUCUGACUAAGGAGGUUUUGUCAGCUCAUACUCAGAGAGAGGAGCAGGCCUUCCUCACUCGGGUGCAUAACCUCAGCCAGCUUAGAGUCUUUGACCCUUUGCCAUCUGGGGCAUGGGAGAAACAGAACCAACGCCAUCAGCGAGGUACAAAGCCUUCUCGCACACACCAACGCCAACACGGCUCUCCUGACACUCCCACCGGAGCAUCAAGAAGUGGAGCAAAUGGGAGUGGGCGCAGAAGCCGAAGUGGGAAAUCCAAAGCCAAGCGCCCCAAGCAGGGGAAACCUCAUUCAUCCAGCUCAACGCCAAGCCCCCAGCAUCCUGAAACUGCCCUCCUCCCUCCUCCACCGCCUGUUAUGCCUGGUUACUCACUUCCUAUUUAUCCACCUCAGGCUCCAGCUCCAGAUGCUGCCCCAUCGCUCAAUAGAUACCCCCUUGUAACUCCCAUAGUAGCCCUGGUGCUCCCCAACUACCUCUUUCAGCCUCCUCCAGUAGCUCCUUCCUUCUAUCCGGGGGUAUCUGGAUUCCCUUCCUUUGCUCCUUCAACAGAAGCGCCGCCUCCUGCCUCUGAGGCUCCACCUACAACACCAGCUCCUCCCCCUCCAGCAGCAUCAUGCCCUCCCCCUCCAUCCCGCUCCUCGUCUCCUCCUCAGAGGCUAUUCCCGUCUCGUUGUAGUUCCCCCCUCCAGCUUGACCUGCUGCAGAUGGAGGAGUUGCCUCUGACUGCCACAGGAGGAGGGGGUGAAUGGGAGUUAGAGGAUGAAACAAAAGGUGGAAAAGGAGUAGCAGCCCCGGGGAGCACGGCGGCAGUAGGAGGAGGUACCAACGCUGGAUCAGGAAAUGGAGUGGAGGACAGGCAGCCAGAGAACUUACUGGGUGAUCCUCAAGAAUCGUCUUCGCACAAUGAUGCUCUCUCCAGCUCUAGUGAUCUUCUUGAUCUACUUCUGCAGGAGGAUUCCUGCUCUGGAACAGGAUCUGCUGCCUCCGGAUCGAUGGGAUCCAAUGGGGGAAGUACAUCUGCCUGUGGCACCGGAAGCAGCGAGAGCAGCAAUACCAGCAAAUAUUUUGGAAGUAUUGACUCCUCUGAAACAGAUCUGAGAGUGAAGAAGGCAGAAAGAGAGGAGGAGGAGAGGAAGGCAAUUAGAUAUGUCAUGCAAGACCCGCUUUGGCUGCUUAUGGCUAACGCCGAUCACGAAGUGAUGAUGUCAUAUCAAAUUCCAUCCAGAGAUAUAGAGAGCGUCCUUCAAGAAGACAGAGAGAAGCUCAGACAGCUUCAGCGACACCAGCCAAGAUUUAGUGAGGAGCAGAAGAGGGAACUGGGCGAGGUCCACGGUUGGGUUCGGAGAGGCAGAAUUCCACACGUCAUCAAUAUUACCUCCUGCACUGGAUGUUCUCCAGACGCACCACCAUACGAAGAGGACCUGGACCUGUCUGUAAUGAUGGAAGAAGGAGGGGACUGCACGGCUGGAACAGAAGAGGGAGGCAGGGAAGUUGGGACUGGCUGAAACUGUCCUCCCCGUGUCUUUUUUCUCUAUUGACAAUCCUAUGCUGCCUUAUAGACCCCUUUGUUCUAUACAUGGUUAAUUCCUCGGAGUAACUGCCGAAAUACCCCCCCACACACUAAAGUGGAGGGGCAGCCGAUGCUUGAACUCAUUUUGGAGAUGGUUGCCAACCUCCUGGUAUGAGAGCGGACCAAGGCCAUCUUGCGCCGUCUUCAAAGACUACAAACAGCGGUUUCAGUCGAGAAGGAAGAACACUUUGAGGGAAAAGAAGGGAAAAGGAAUAUAUUUUUUAUCUCUAAAGCUUUAAUUUAUCGUUACCACAUGAAGAGCUUUGUCAUAAAGUAUGGGUCACAGGUUGAAGGUCGAGUCUACUAUUUAUACUAUUUUGUCAAGUUGUAAAUAAAAUUCAGUUUGUUUUU